AGGCAGAGAGACUCCAGUCAAAACAAAGAGAUAAGCCAACACUGAAGGAGAGACACAAUUGAUCUUCAGAAAAGAAGCUUUCAAAUUUUUUGGCUAACUUAGAACUUGUUAACUGCAAGGCUCUAAGUAGCACCUUUGUAGAACUUUUUUUUUGUUACAUUUUUCAGCAAUCCACAGUAGGUCUCAUCAUGAGAUGCUGUGCUUUAGUUGUGUGUUUAGUUUUGGAGCUGAGCAUGCAGUAUGCAUGGAGCAUUCCGCUCAAGUCCGUCACUGUCACCUUCCCGGGAGACAUCAUCAAAAACAUGAGUGAUACGGAGCUGGCUGAAUCGUAUCUGAAGAGGUUUGGCUACUUAGACACAACGCACCGCAGUGGCUUCCAGUCUAUGACGUCCACCUCCAAGGCUUUGAAGAGGAUGCAGAGGCAGAUGGGGCUGGAGGAGACUGGAGAGCUGGAUAGGUCCACCCUGGAGGUCAUGGAACGGCCUCGCUGCGGGGUUCCUGAUGUGGCCAACUACAAAACCUUUGACGGAGACCUCAAAUGGGACCAUAAUGACAUCACUUACAUGAUCCUUAACUACUCUCCUGACAUGGAGAGCUCUCUGAUUGAUGAUGCCUUUGCCAGAGCCUUCAAGGUGUGGAGUGAGGUGACCCCUCUGACUUUUACCCGCCUCUUUGAUGGAACGGCAGACAUCAUGAUAUCAUUUGGAAAAGCCGACCAUGGAGACCCAUACCCAUUCGAUGGUAAGAAUGGGCUUCUGGCCCAUGCUUAUCCCCCUGGUGAGGGUGUGCAGGGAGACGCCCACUUUGACGAUGAUGAGUACUGGACCCUGGGUAAAGGACCAGUUGUGAAGACUCGCUUUGGGAAUGCGGAUGGUGCCAUGUGCCACUUCCCCUUCACUUUCAACGGCAAGACCUACACCACCUGUACCACGGAUGGCCGUACAGACAACCUGCCAUGGUGUGCCACCACAGCUGACUACAGCAGAGACAAGAAAUAUGGCUUCUGCCCAAGUGAACUUCUCUACACAUUUGGAGGAAACGCCAAUGGGGAUAAGUGCGUCUUCCCCUUCGUCUUUCUGGGCAAGAAAUACGACAGCUGUACCACAGAGGGCCGCAGCGAUGGUUACCGCUGGUGUGCCACUACAGACAACUUUGACGAAGACAAGAAAUAUGGAUUCUGUCCCAGUCGUGACACGGCUGUAACCGGUGGCAAUUCUGAGGGAGAGCCCUGCCACUUCCCCUUUGUGUUCCUGGGUAACACGUAUGACUCCUGCACCAGUGAAGGGCGAACAGAUGGCAGGUUGUGGUGCAGUACCACUGCAAGCUAUGAUGAGGACCAAAAGUGGGGCUUCUGUGCUGACCAGGGUUACAGUCUUUUCCUGGUGGCAGCCCAUGAGUUUGGACAUGCCCUUGGGCUGGAUCACUCCAGCAUUAGAGAUGCUCUCAUGUACCCCAUGUACAGCUAUGUGGAAAACUUCUCCCUGCACAAAGACGACAUUGAAGGCAUUCAGUAUCUCUAUGGAGGCAAAACAGGACCUAACCCCCCCACCCGUCAGCCUGACAUCUCCACCACUUCACCCUACCCAGACCCUGAUGAGACUGACCCCACAGAUGAACCCGAACCCACCUCCACUACCACCACUCGACCUGUGGACCCAACCAAAGAUGCCUGCAAGCUGACUAAAUUUGACACCAUCACUGUGAUUGAGGGAGAACUCCAUUUCUUCAACAAUGGACAUUACUGGAAGAUGCCCAGCACAAGUGACACAGGAGUCAAGGGACCACUUUCUAUUUCUCAGAGGUGGCCAGCUCUGCCAGCAGUCAUUGACUCUGCCUUUGAGGAUGUUUUGACCAAGAGAGUGUACUUCUUCUCAGGGACUCGAUUCUGGGUGUACGCUGGGCAGAAUGUCCUGGGUCCCCGCAGCAUUGAGAAGCUCGGCCUUCCCAGCAGCAUUCAGAAGGUAGAGGGAGCACUGCAGAGGGGGAAAGGCAAAGUUCUGCUCUUCAGUGGGGAGAACUUCUGGAGACUUGAUGUGAAGGCCCAGAAAAUCGACAAUGGAUACCCCAAAUACACUGAUGUCGUCUUUGGUGGCGUCCCCAAUGACGCUCAUGAUGUAUUCCAGUACAAAGGUCACACCUACUUCUGCAGAGACCGCUUCUACUGGCGUAUGAAUUCCCGCAGACAGGUGGACCGUGUUGGCUAUGUCAAAUAUGACCUCCUCAACUGCUCAGAUUCUUGAGGCUUUUGCUAUUGAGAAGAUGAACACACAGGGAUGAGCUCAAAAUCAGGUGUCAGGGAGAAUGUGAUGCAGUAUUUGUGUGUAGCGUUGUAUGAUGUGUGUGCUUUCUGGGAUGUAAAUAAUUGGCCAUCACUGAUGUUGGCAAAUUCUAAACCAUAGAGCAUUGGCUUAAGAAUAAGUCAGAGGCCCAGUAUAGGAAAGCAAAUUGUGAACUGAGGUACUGACUUGCCCUAAGUCUGAUCAUCUGUGAACUCAUGUAAUGGUAGCCUAAAAUUUCAAACCAAUAACCACAAUUUAAAUAUUCUCAAAAGCAGUUUGGGUCAUUUUCUGAAUAAUUUCUUUAUGUCUGACAGGUUCAGACUCAACAGUAUUGGAUUAUUUUGGUAUUUAUAACAAUAUCUAAUAUUAUUUUUGUGUCCUAAAGCUUAUUUGUUUUGUAUAAUUCUAUUUGUGUAUUUCUGAAAAUGGCUUCAAAGCCAAUUACUUGCACUGGAAGACAAUGCAUGUCUCCUUCACUGAAAUUAUUUAUAAGACUGAUAUGUUUUGUAUUAAAGUUUUAACUUUAAAUGCAAUAAACAUUAUGUGAGAAUUA